AUGAAGAUCGCUUGCUUGCAAUUCGCCCCUCAGGUGGGCGACAUCGAUAACAAUCUCAACCGUGCAGACGCCGUUCUCAGCAAAGCGAGUGCCGAGGAGCUCGAUGGCUUGGACCUGCUUGUUCUGCCCGAGCUUGCCUUCACCGGCUACAACUUCAGAUCGUUGCAGCAAAUCUCGCCCUUUCUCGAGCAUACAAGCUCCGGAAUCACUUCUCUCUGGGCGCGAACAACCGCUUUGAAGUAUGACUGCACGGUUGUCGUGGGCUACCCGGAGAAGGUGGAUGUCUCCGCCAAGUGGCCUGCAUCACCCGAGUACUACAACUCGGCUCUCGUCGUGAACGGCGAUGGCGAUACUAUCGCCAACUACAGGAAAUCUUUCCUGUAUUACACUGACGAGACAUGGGCGCUAGAAGGCGAAGACGGCUUCUUCCACGACGCCAUUCCCGGCCUAGGCACGGUCGCGUUGGGUAUCUGCACCGAUCUCAACCCCUACAAACUUGAGGCGCCAUGGGAUGAAUUCGAAUUUGGAUACCACGUCUUGGAUUCGCACGCCAACGUGGUGAUCCUGACCAUGGCUUGGCAAACACAUCAAGAUCCCGCUUCGUUCAGUCGCAGGACCAAGGAACCAGAUCUUGAGACGCUUGUCUACUGGGUCCAGCGGCUCGAGCCUUUGAUCCGCGCAGAGAACGAGGAGGAGGUGCUUGUCGUGUUCUGCAACAGGACCGGAGUUGAAGAUGAGGCAAUGUACACGGGGACCAGUGCCGUGCUUGGCGUCAAGGGUGGUGAGGUAUUCGUCUAUGGCGUCCUCGGCCGUGGAGUGAAGGAACUUCUUGUCGUUGAUACAAACUCUCCGCCUAAGAGCAGGCUGACAAAUGCGGACGGGGUUGAGGCAGAUAACGAUUUGGUGGAAGAAACAGCCUUGGAUUUAGAAGUCGACGGUCAUGACAGCACGCCAAUUGAUAGGCGAGCCUCUGGGGGCGUUUCCGAUACAGUCUUCCCGGAAGCAAGCCAUGCAAGCCAGCCGACGAGCCCGAGGGUUGAAGUCGGGCCCAGGAGUCCUCGCAGUGCAACAUCCCCUAGGCUUCCCUGGCUAGCACCCUCAGGCCCUACCGAUGAGAUUCAAGCAGAUAGUCGAUCACCCACCCGAUUACAUAUUCCCACCAACCCUCAGGUUGGCCAGUACAUGGGAAUGGAUGGCGCUAUUACCGACGACAUCACCAUUGAUAGUCCAGAACUGUUCUCGGCUGUCUCGGCACGGCGGCCCCCACGACCACAUAUGUCGACUCCAAGGUCCCCAUGGCGAUUUCAAAACAAGCUGAGCCCGUCGCCUUGGAAGUAUCAUGAUGGUUCACACUCUGCCCUCUUUGGCGGGGGUGCGACCAUGACUCCGAUAACACCAUUCGAAGAAGAUGGUUGGACUUCGACGCCAAUCGACCCGAAGCCACCGCAGUGGUUUUGGAAACAUGAGCCCAAACUCGCUGCCUUGACUGAAUCCGCCCGGGAGGAGGAGGAUGCAGCGGAUUCACUGGACAAAGAGAAGCAUGGCCAAUCAGCCCGUCAUGAGAAGCAGUUCCCUGUAUGA